GUCUCAACUUCCGGUUGUAUUCCAGAAUAGUCCUUAUAUACUUGUUUAUUCACGUUGUUAGGUUGAUUGAUGUACCACAUUACCCUGAAGAGAAAUGGAUAAGCCACAAAUUAUUGCCCACAUUGAGAAAUCUUUGGAUUAUACUUUGUUUGAUACGAAAUGGAUACCGUGUAGUGCAAAGUUUGUAGUAUUGGGAAGCCAUGCCAGGGGAACCGGUGCUAUACAAAUAUAUGAAUUGUCACAUGGGCAGAUAAAUUGUGUGAAAGAGAUUGAAAAGGCAAAGGCCCUUAAAUGUGGAACAUUUGGUGCAUCAAGUUUACAGCAACGAUACCUUGCUACGGGAGAUUUUGAUGGCAGAAUGCAGAUAUGGAACCUUGAAACCCCAGAACUACCAGUGUAUUCUGUCCAUGGCCAUAAAGAAAUAAUCAACACUAUUGAUGGAGUAGGAGGUCUGGGAAUAGGAGAGGGUGCCCCAGAAAUUGUCACGGGAAGCAGAGAUGGGGCUGUUAAGGUUUGGGACCCUCGUCAAAAGAAUGACCCCGUUGCAACAAUGGAACCUGGUGAAGGGGAGACAAAAAGAGACUGCUGGGCUGUUGCUUUUGGCCAUGCAUACAACAAACAUGACAGAUGUGUAGGGGCUGGCUAUGACAAUGGUGAUAUUAAAUUGUUUGAUCUGAGAAACAUGUCUCUUCGAUGGGAAACUAACAUCAAGAAUGGGGUAUGUGGACUUGAAUUUGACAGAAAAGAUAUUAGCAUGAACAAGCUAGUUGCUACUUCGCUUGAAGCAAAAUUCCAUUGCUUUGACAUGAGAACCCAACACCCUACAAAAGGUUUUGCAUCAGUCUCAGAGAAGGCACACAAAUCAACCACAGUUUGGGGAGCCCGACAUCUACCCCAAAACAGGGAUGUUUUCAUGACUUUGGGAGGAAAUGGCUCAUUGUAUCUGUGGAAGUACAAUUACCCCACACAGAGAGUGAAACAGGAUGAAGACAAACAGGAUAUGGGGGUGGCAGGAACCCUCAGUCUGUUACAGAAUGUCACGCUGUCCACCCAGCCCAUCAACGCCUUGGACUGGAGUCCAGACAAAGAGGGACUCUGUGUGUGUUCAGCGUUUGAUCAGACUGUUAGAGUCCUCAUCGUGACAAAGUUAAACAGGAUCUGAUUAAUCAAUGAAUGAGGAGGAAUCUUUUAUUUGUCAUUGGCCCAGAUGUGUUCUGUGAUGGUGCAGCGUGACAAAAAUCGGAUAUGAAGUGAAGAAAAUGAUAUCCUUACAGGAUUUUCCUUUUUCUUGUACAUGUAAUAAGUUUUUAUUUGGCUGUGGCAAGAAAAAUAAGUUAUGCAAGGUGAAGAAAUCUUGAUCUUGCUCUGCUGAACAAUUCUGUGAUCUACACAUGACUUGUGUGUGGUAUUAGUGUGAAAGGAUGAUGAAAGUGAAUUUGUUGAAUUUUGAUUUUUUUUUCAUCAUUUAUUGAAUACAAAAUGCAAUGUGUAUUCCAUACAAAAAUAUUUUAACAAGAUUUCAUUUUUUUUUUUUUUUUUA